GCGGGAAGAAAACACCGCACAGCGCCAGUGUUCGAGCUCGAGUCAAUAGCCAGCCCGCGACACCUGACAGAAACGGCUGCCUCAGGCUGCCUAUGGCGUCCGGCGAGUCGGCGGGUCCCCCAGCAGAUGCAAAGUCGGCAGUGAGAGGGCUCGCGGAUCAGUCCCUGCUGCUGCAGCUGAGGGUCGCAGGCUCGGAUGCCCGACUGCAGGCAGCCGCCGCCCGUGGUAUUCUGAGUCUCUCGACCAAGUGUCGGCCCUCACCGCAGCUUCCUCUCGAUGAAUUCAAGCAGCGGGCGACCACCUUAUCGCAGAUCAAAGCGGCUCAAGGGGUGUCAGAUUUGGUGGAUGCGGCCAUCUUCACCCUCCUCUCAUCAGCGAUGCCCAAGAUGGGCAACUCAUCGAUGCGGGACCACCUGCUGACCGACCACGUCGAUCUGGUCAGGCGGGCCGAAGCUGCGUUCGCGAAGGCUGAGGCAGCUGAAUUCCUGAUCCGGCUCUACCAUCCCGUGUCACCGCUGGCCCACAUCCCUCCCGCCUCGUGGAUGAAGGCGUUUGACAUGGUGGUGGACAUGGCGGUGAGCGACGCUGGGCUGACUGGCCGGGCAUUCGAGAGCACUUCUGAGACGUUAGCCGUCCCGUCUUCGUCGCCCUUUUACGGCUCUGGUGGCACGUGUCCCGUUUACAUUAGCAGUACGGGUGAUAGCGGUGGCCGGCUGCUGUCAUGGCUACUCAGCAACAGGAUAUACGGGACACUCGGUCACAUGACUCGAACAGGUCGGUGCAGGGUGAGAGCGAAGGAGUGAGCGAGGCUAUGUGCUGGUGGCUGCGCAGCAAUUCCGCUAUGGAUGGGUUUAUCUCUGUUGCUGGUAUUGUUGCUGCGUAUUGUGUUCAGGUGCACAGGAGCAGGCCAUGUCGGCUGUCCGUCAGUACACGUGUCCGCAUGCCGCCCGCCUCGUCGACGUGCUGGUGUCCGACACUGCUCCAGAUCCCAUCAAGUGGAACGCAUUCGUCGUGCUGGGUAAGUCAGAAAGGACACAGAGGAGCCCUCCGCUCCCCUUGCAGAAACUGCUUCAUCCAUCGUACUGCUUGGACGGCCAUAGGUUUCAUCUUUGCGUCAGCCCACAUGUGCACAAGAGGGCCAGAGGACAGCAGCCAGCUGAGGAAGGUGCUGAAGGAGCCCACCCGUCUGCUGCUCAAAGACGACAUGAGGGGGCUCAAAGCUACAGCCGAGGUGCUUAAGAAGUGCUAUGAGAUCGACCUGCUGGACGUUGAGGGCGAUUUCCCCACCAGCAUCCCUCUCCACCUCGUCACUGGUGAGAACCGAGCUAGACACACAAGCCGUCAAUUGUUGGCUCGCGUGUAUGUCUGUGUGGGUGCAUGUAUGUGUGUUUGCAUCAAUCAAGAGUUUGGCCACGCCCGGCACGUCCUAGAGGCGGGCUACCUGCCUGCCCUGUUGAGCCUGCUCGACGACGAGCGGUUUGGCAGACAUCGCUUCCACGGGCGGGCCAUGGUGGUGGGAGUGAUGGCCAUCAAGCAUAUCGUUGCCAGCGACAGCACGGUCAGUCAGUCGACACCUGAGCGGGACUGAAACCAUGGUGUUUCUACAUCAUGUGUGUGUGCGUCAGGUUGGGACCAAUGCGGAUGUCGCCGCCAUGCUCUGUCGUCUGCUGCGCCGCCAUGCCACUGGCGAGGUCGAGCCCCAAGGCGCAGGGGCAGACGUAGUCAUCGACGACAUUGUCGAAGCGUUGCUGUUCAUGCUAGGGUAAGUAAGGGGUGGACCAAGAUCUGCAUUGCCGGUGGAUGCCCCACUCAUGGAUCGAUCGGUUCUAUGUGUGAGUCAGGCAUGGUUCGGAUGCGAUGGCGACCGAUCUGGCAGGGAAAAUGCCACAGCAUGGCACCAUUGACCUCGUCGGCAGCAGCGUCAUCGCACAGCAAACCAUGAAAGUAUGUAAGGGCAAAUUGACGGAUCGAUCGGCAGCCCUGGGUGCCGUGCUGGUGUGGGUACAGAUGCUGUCUGAGUGGGUGCCCGGCAGUGGACCACACCGGCGGCUCAAAGUGCAUCCAAAGGUGGGCGACAGAGGACUGUUUCAGCGAUUGAUCCGGUCCACAUGUCUGUCGGCAGGUGGCGUGCCUCUUCGAGAUGCUCAAGACGACCACGGCAUUUCGUGCCAACGUCGUCGAUCGGCCACCCGACCGUGACCAGACACCUCAAGGGAGAAGCACCACAGGCAGGGCCGACGCCGCCCAGCGUCCGGCGAGGAGCGGUGACAACGGGGGCGAAGGGACGCACAGCACCGACCGAGCUGCGCCUGCGUCACCAAAAACCCCUUCGUCCCCCCUCGACAAGUGGAAGGACAUCGGGAACGCACUCUUUGGAAAGCACAAGUACCUCGACGCCUACCGGGCAUACAUGAAGGUAGGUACAUACACCCAGGGCAGGAGGGGAGGGCAACACAGAAGUGCAAGGAAAGCCGCGUUGUUUGUGUGCCGCAGGGCGUCCGUUUGGCGAAUCUCGAGCCCGUCUCUGAGCUGCUGGUCCGCCGCGCACAGUGCCGCAUGGGUGUGGGAGACUGUGUGGGUGCGAUGAUCGACGUCACCACUGCCCUCCGCAUUCUCCCGCCGCCCCCAUCUGUCGAGCCCGGCAGCAAGUCGGCCAUCAUCCAGCAGACGGCGGUGGAGGUUGUGUACACACCGCUCGUCAUGCGGUGGCUCAACGGCCUCGAUACCGCCACCGGUGGUGGUGAUGUGAUGGUCCUGCCGUCGGAGGAGACGACAGCAGCCUUCAUGAAGGACGCCAUGCAGUACCUGUCCGCGCAGGUCGAGGCGGCGGGACCAUCUGAGCCACUCGAGGUGGCCAAUGCCCUCGCGGCAGGCGAGCAGCUGCAGGAGGAGGGCAGAUAUGCGGAGGCACGUGACACAUUCACGGCCGGUCUUGCCGGUGCUGAUGUGUCGACGCUCAUCGCGCUGCUGAGCAACGCCUCGGCGUGUCUGCUCAAGCCAGAGCUGACGAGGGAGGGGGGCCCGGACGCAGUCGGGUGUGCGGCCGCCGCCCUCCAUCUGAGCUGUCUGCAUCACGAUCCCUCCCAGCAGCCGAUCACCAUCCAGCAGAAGUGCCUCGUGCGGCUGGGCCAGGGGCUGCUGGCCGAGCGGCUCUUCGACGCUGCUGAUGUCAUUGGCAGGGCCAUCAAGAAACACGUGAGUGGGGGAGGGGGGGAAUGACGGAAAAGGGGGAUGAUGUGUGUGGUGGUGCGUGUGCGUGUUGCAGGCAUCGCAGGGUCAGAUGAGGAUCGAGGCCGACACACUGCAUCAACGUGUCCGCACCCACCGGGCCAAUGCUAAUGGCUUCUUUGACUGGGCCGCCAUCUACCGUCAGCAGCUCGACAGCAACAUAGCUAUGCAGCACGGCAGACCCCCCACAUCCAUUGACGUGGCCGAGUACGUCGGCCCCGUGGCUGUGCGACACGACGAGGCCCAGCAGCCCAGCCUCUAUGCGAAGGAGGACAUCCAAGUGGGCCAGCUGCUGCUCGUCCAAAAGCCCGUCGUCCUCUCCUCCGGUGAUUUCGCAUCGCUGACGAGCUCCGACGGCUACAGACAGCUGAUGGCGGCGUGCAAGGACGGCUGGCAUCCCCGGCUGGUGUCGCAGCUGUGCUGUCUGUCAGAGGGCCAGCGGCGUCUCCCGGCCCUCGCGGCCCCGCCGUCCCACGAGACGUGUCUUGGCCUGGCCCCUGGUUUCCCCCUGCUGCCCCGCUUCAUACAGUCCCAUGGUGCGGAGGAGUUCGGCUCACCUGUGGCCCAGGUCGAUGGCGACAGCAUUCCCCAACUCGUGACCUUCAACCAUCGCACUAGUGGCACCAUCCGUAGCUGUUUCCCUGGUGUGCUGAGUGCUCCUGAUGACAUCAAGUCCUCUCUGGCAUCAGGGGUGUGGAUACUGCCGUCCCUCAUCAGACAUGCGAGAUUCGACAGGAAUGCCAUAUGGUACAGUACGCACCAAGCACCACGGGAGGGAGACCCGCCCCAUUCCGCCACAUUGGACGUGUGUGUGUCUGCAUCUGCUAUGGUCAGGUAUGUGGUGGGCGACUUGCUGGUCGUGAGGUGCGUGCGUCCCAUCAGCGGCGGCGGCGGCGUGACCGCCGACUACUUCGACGACGGAUAUGUCUUUGACGCCAACGAUUGUGUGGACAACGGCGACGCCAUUUCGAUGGCCGAGCGGUGGGCGAUCCCCUCCCCUGUGCAGCACUACGAGAGGCACAGCCAAGAGGCCAUCACGGCAAUCAGCAUGGAGAUCCACCGCGUCACCACCCUUCGUCGGGGCGGGACGUCGCGCACGGCUGUCCAGAGAGAUUGGGACGCCCUCGUGAGGAAGGUGGAGACCCUGCAGCAGUCGAUGCCGUCCGACGUGCCCACAAUGGGGGCCAGUCAGCUGCACAUCUUCCGGGGCGCCCUUCUCGCUGGGCUGGGACGGCACGAGGAGGCCAGCGAGGCGGCGAUCGAGGCUGUCAAGACCGCACGGGCGGUGCGGUCAAUCGCCGUUGAAGACUGCCGCUGUCUCUCGACGGCCGUCCGUUCUGCACCACAUGGUUCUCAGCUGUGUCAUGUGAUGCUAGAGGAGCUACGCAGCACUUGUGCCCUCCUCUUGGGCACACGCGAGGCAGCGACUAUCAUCUUCCUCAAUGAGCAGAGCUGAGAGCGUGUCUGAUAGGCCUGCCUUGCUGGCUGCAGCGAGGGGGUUUCGCCCGGGCGGUGCGGUCGAUCGCCGUUCAAGAUCUGCGCAGGACGUGCGAGCUGAUCUUCGGCACACCCGAUGCAGCGACCAUCCUCUUCACAUUUAGAUGAGAGAGAGAGAGAGCGUCUGCGUGAGAGGCCUGCCUGCUUGCCUGCCUGCAGCACGGCAGCUUGACGGAUAGCUUGAUGGAUCCGGGCGG